UACAGCUGUGUGGUCGCGUAUAAUGUAUAUAGAUCGUGCAAAAAAGCUUGUAAUAUUUUAAAUAUUCACUCUAAAUAAUUGUAUAAAUUUUAUUAGUGUUAUAAUUAUCUUAAUAAUGUUUAUAAAAUAAAAGUGCAACUCAACAAUUUAAUUUAAUAUUCAAUAAUGUUGUGUACCACUUGUUAUCAAGUUAACCUCAAUGGUUUCUUUGCAUAAAAUGAGUUAAUAUAAUGAACAAAUCAUAAAAAUAAUUGAUUUUGUUGAUUAUUAAAUAUGGCUCGAGCAAUUAUAUAUAAUGGACACUCGUCAGUUGUUCCAAUUUUUGACGGUAGCCAAAAUGGAUUUAUUCCUAUAAUAAAAAUCAAAGAAGAGCCAAUUGAUGACGAUAAAAAUGAUGAAGAAAAUGCGAAUUCUAUGGUACGUAAUAUUUCACAUAAUUUACGAUCAAAACAAUCAGCAUCAAAAAAGUUUUGGGAUGAAAAUGAUGAAGGAUCAGAGUUAACUCCAAAAAGACUCACCAGAAGAUCAGCUGCAAUUGAAGCAUCCAAAAGAUUUCUAGAUGAUGGAGUAAAUGCCAAAGGUAUAGAUUAUGAUAAUAAUAGUAAAACAUUAUCAAAAGAAGUAUCACCAUCUAAAACCAUCAACAAUGCCAAUAAAUCUCCAUAUGAUACAUUCAAAUCUCUCUCUCGUCCUAGUUGGGAAUGUGAGAUUUGUUAUGCAAGUUUUUCUGAUCCAUAUUUUUUAAAAAAACACAUAGGUUACUAUACUCCUUCUUCAUUGAGAUGCCGUAAGUGUAAUAAAAUUUUCGGUGAUGUGUAUAAAUUGAUGCAUCAUCGAGAAACUGUUCAUCGUAAUAUUGAUCAAUCAGCCAAUUAUAAAUUUCAAUGUGAUUUUUGUAAACAAUUAUUGAAGACUAAACAAAACAUUCAACAACAUAUUUGUCAUUAUCAUAAAGAUGAAAUUGGAACUACUUCUGGGCAAUCACAUAAUACGAAUCAGACCAAAAACCUAGUUAUGUCACCAUCAACUCGACUGAAUACUUCCGAUUUAUCAAUUAGACAGCAUAGAGCAGUAAAAAGAAAAAGAGCACAAUCUUGUUCUUUUGCGGAGAAUAGACCAAUUAUUCCGGAACAUUCUAUUAAUACUCGAUUGAAUUCAGAAAGGAAGUCUUUACUUGGAAUACCAGCGGAUAGUCAUGAAGACAUAACAUCAUUAUCGGACAAAAGUCAACUCUCAAACAGCAACUCGCCAAAAAAAUUGAUUCCUAAUACAAAGUUCCCAGGUAACUCCUCUUAUCCUCCAUUAGUCCAAAUUUAUGCGAUUCCUAACGAAGUCGAAGCUUUAUUAAGUGAUUGUGAGGAUAUUUCAGCAAAGAGAAUGAAACUUCAAGUUUUAUCUAAUAAAAACAGCGAUAAUGGUACAAAAAUAGAUUACAAUUUAAAUAGGUCUUCUUUUAGUACACCUAUCAAACUAGAAGAUUCAUCGCGCACUUUUGCGCGAACAAUCCAAACACUGAAAGAAAAUUUUAAUUGUUUAGACUGUAGUGUCAAAUUAGAAAAAUUAAAAACUUUACCAGAUCCUUCAAAAGGUGGACUUGAUAAAUUGUUAAAUACAUCGAAAUCACCAGAGAAGUCAUCCAAAAAAUCACCAGAAAAAUUAUUGGAAAAAUUACCUGACAAAUCUCCGGAAAAACCAUUGGAAAAAUCUUCAGAAGAAUCAUUGGAAAAAUCUUCAGAAGAACCAUUAGAAAAAUCUUCAGAAGAACCAUUAGAAAAAUCUUCAGAAGAACCAUUGGAAAAAUCUUCAGAAGAACCAUUGGAAAUAUUAUUCGAUAAAUCUUUGGAAAAACCAUCGGAGAAAUCAGCAAGCGGAAAAGAAUCAUUACCUGUUAAUGGACCAAUACAAACAUCUUCAAUAACAUCAAAUUUAAGAAGUUCUACCCCUACUAUUUGUGGAACAAUUGAAAUUGAAUUAGAAAACCUUGAUAUUGCUCUUAAAAAAUUGAAAACUCCUAAAAGAAUAUCUGAUACUAGGUGUUCUUCAAGCUCCAUUUUUUCAUUGGAUGGUAUUAAUAUGGAACACUCUUAUUCAGCUGCUCCAUCUGUAGUUCCUGCAGAAGAAAAAAAAACAGAAGAGAAUAAUGAAAGUAAACAACCAGCAAAAAUUAAAUCUAUAUAUUUAUCAAGCAUUUGUCGAACUCGCUUUACAACUCAGAAGAAACUAAUUUAUCAUUAUUUAAAUUAUCAUAGUUAUCCUAAUUACAUUUGCGCUGUGUGUAGAACAGAAUGUUCAAGAUUAGGUGAACUCAAAAAACAUUUAGCAGUACAUUGCAUUUCAAUUGUUAAGUCGUUAGAUGAUCGAUCUCCGAUAGACUUAAAAGGUCCCUGCGAAAAUUCAAAGAAGAAAUUUAUAUGCAAAGGUUGUAAAAAAUGUUUCCCUACGCUUACCUGCUUGGAAGAGCAUACUGGACAAUGCUCAAUAUUAGAAGCUAGAAGAGAAAAGAAACGUCAAUCUAGUACUCACGAAACGUCUAUUGUUAAUGAUCAAAAUUCUUCUGAAAACUUAGUGAUAAAUCACAGUGAAGAAAGUCCAGCUCUUUUACAACCCUCCUCAUCAGAAAGCAAAUUAAAAGAGUUUGAAAAUAAUUCAUCAGAAAUGAAUUAUCCAUCACAACCUGCUCCACCUACAUUACCUUUGUCAAUACCUCCUACAAUACCUCCAAAUAUUGACACUCAUAAAGAUUCGAUUAAUAAAUUAGAGCUAACUUUACAAAAUAUGGAAAAAUGGUCUCAAUACACUCACUCAGUAGCUCCGCGACAGAAGCCUAGCACCGUCUAUUUGCAACAUCAAUGUAAAACUUGUUACUCUCGAUUUCAAAGUGAAGAUAAUCUAAAUGAACAUGUGAAAAAAUACGAGCCAAAACACAUGAGUCGAUGUGAAAAAUGUGGAACGUGUUUUCCAUCCAUCGGAUUAUUAUCUGCUCACAAGAAAGCUGCUCAUUCCACUGAUGUAAUGGCUUAUAGAAAGUAUUGUUGUUUCAUUUGUGAUCAAGGAUUUAGCAAAAAGAAAAAUUUACAUCAUCAUACAAUGCAUAUCCAUUGUGCUGAGUUAAUAGUCUAUAAUAAAUCUCCAGAAUUAGAUACAGAAUACGAAAUGACUUGUAAAAUUUGUUAUGUAGCUUUCAAAACUCGAAAACAGUUUAUUGAACAUUCAAUGUAUUAUUACGAUAAUCGUACUGUAACAUGUGAUGUGUGUGGUGAAGAAUUUGAGGGUCAAUAUAAAGCUCAUGCUCAUAUACAACAGGUGCACUUUAAAAAAUUUUACACAUCAUAUACUUAUUCAUGUAAAAAAUGCCAAGAUCGAUUUAAAUAUGAAUCACACUUGCGAUCCCAUAUAUUUCAUGUUCACAAAGAUCAAAUCGUAAAUUCACAAUGUACAAAUCAACAUCAACCUAGGCAAUGCUUUGUAUGCUCGGUUUGUACAGAGUGUUUUUAUACUCCAAAAUUACUGAAAGAACAUAAGAUGGAAUUUUCUAACACAGGACCUUAUGAGUGCAACGAAUGUGAUCGCAAAUGUGAAACUCUACAAUUACUCAAAGAACAUAAAAAAAGAAGUCACUAUGAAAUUAGGCCUCAUUUCAAAAAAUGUUAUCUAUGCAGUGAAUUUGUGUCUCCAAAUUUAUGGCUUGUUCAUUCUAAACAUUUUCAUGAGAACGUACCACCUUUAGAAUUGUAUAUGAGAAAUUAUACUGAAUCAAGAAAAAGUCAAGAGCCUAAUGUUCUUACUACAUAUGGUAAUGACAAAAAUCAGAGUAAUUUUGGUGUCUGGAUUUCUUCAGAACAAUUUUUAGAAAACGUCAUUGAAUAUACUUGUGCUAUUUGUGACAUGAAAUUUAAGUCUGACAAUGAAUUAAAGGAGCAUAGGAAAAUUCAUAAAUAUAAUGAUCCAGAUGUAACAACACCACAACAGAAAGAUGGAUCUGAAAAUCAUGAUCUUGCACCAUUCACUUUUGUCAAUCAAGAAACAUUCGAGCCAGAACCACCAGUGGGAACUUAUGAAAGUGAUGAAGAUACCAAGUAUAAUUUUGCAAUUGCUAAUAUUUGUUCUGUAGAAUUGAAGGAAUAUGAUAGUUUGUACAAUCCUGAUACAACAAAUAAAGAAAUGAAUUCUAUAGGUGAUAAUUGUAAUCAUUGUGAUGCUUGUCAUUACAAUAGGAAAUUAGAAUAUUCUGAUCACACAUACCAAAAACUUAAAAGACAUAAAACAACAUGUAAUGAAACUUUAACUACAAGAAAUGUUAAACAAACGUCACUUCCGAAUGUUCAUCGAGAAUUUCCUGCUUCAAAUCAACCAAAACUUAUUGUGAAGAGUAAAGAAACUGUAGAAGUACCGCAAAAAAUUUCAACAAGCAGUGCACAAUCGAGUUUAGGAAGUGAUCCACAACCUCAGCAGAAAAAACCGUCAGGAACGUGUAAAAUACAAACUACAAUAAAUCAAUACUUCCAAAAAUCUCCAUCUGAAAAAAACAUAUCAGCUUUAUGUGACAUUUGCGGAUUAGCUUUCGAAAAAUCUUCUGCAUUAAUUCAUCAUAAAAACAAUGACCAUCGUAAGAAUGAGUCUUUGCAGAAUUAUCGUCCAACACAAAUCCAAAGCUCUAAUAAUUCCCAAAAUACUAAUACUCCUUUUCCCUUAUCAUUUAAAGAUCCGCUUAUUACUCCAAAAUCUUCUCCUCAAAAAUAUGUAAUUACUAUUCGUGACGAUGAUGAUGAUGAUGAGGAUGAUGAUGAUGAUGAUGAUGAUGAUGAUGAGACAUCUGUUAUUAAUAAUUGUACUGAUAUUUUAACAAGACCUCCAUGUACUGAUAACUUUCAAAAAUCCAGUUCUUUAAGUGGUUCGUCGAUGGAUAAUAAUCAAUUUCAACGAAUAACUUUAGUUGAUAGUGGAAUAUUAUAUUCCUAUCUUCAGAAACCAGUCAAUUAAAAUAUGAUUUUUUUACAUCAAUCAAUUGUUUAUAAAAUUUUCUUUACUUAUUAGAAAAAUUAAUAUUAAAUUUUUCUGCUAAUUUAUUGAUAAAACUUGAAUAGUGACUAAAACUACAAUUGAUUUCAAAAAGUAUUUUUAGUUUAAUACAUAAGUUUAUUAUUUAAUAGA